CCGCCACAGAGAAGGAGUCUGGGUCUGGGUCUGUGUAUGGAGCGGUGACCCGAGAAGGGGGGGAACACAGGCAGCCCACCAUCCCCCUCCCCCCGAAAUGCUGCGCUCUGAACGCGGUCUCUGAUUACGCGUCUCCCAUCUCUUAGAGACUGCUGCGGCUGCUGGACUUUGAACAAGUGCUCAGAGCCCCGGAGCUGGUCCGGCAGCGGGUCCUUGGGUCCCGCUGCCAGCCCGGAUCGCGUCAAGGGAGCUGGGGAUCCCGGAGAUCUGAAAUAGGAGAAGAUAAAGAAAACAACUUCAAUCUCCCGGCUUUCACAGGAACCAAAUCAGUGAAAUAAUGGCUCCCUAUACCCUUCUCCUCGGCUUAUUCACUGUGACUGUACUCUCCCUGCUGGACAGCAGCUCAGCCUUCCUGUCAAGCCAGCGCCUCAAAGGGAGGUUCCAGAGGGACCGGAGAAACAUCCGUCCAAACAUCAUCCUUGUCUUGACAGAUGACCAGGAUGUAGAGCUUGGUUCAAUGCAAGUGAUGAACAAGACACGAAGGAUCAUGGAGCAAGGAGGAGCUCACUUCAUCAAUGCCUUUGUGACCACACCCAUGUGCUGUCCUUCCCGGUCCUCCAUUCUGACAGGAAAAUAUGCCCAUAACCACAACACCUAUACCAACAAUGAGAACUGCUCCUCACCUUCCUGGCAAGCCCAGCAUGAGAUCCGCACCUUUGCUGUGUACCUCAACAACACUGGCUACCGGACAGCUUUCUUUGGAAAGUACCUCAAUGAAUACAACGGUUCCUAUGUGCCACCUGGCUGGAAGGAAUGGGUUGGACUCCUUAAAAACUCGAGAUUUUAUAACUACACACUCUGUCGAAAUGGGGUGAAGGAGAAGCAUGGAUUUGACUACUCAAAGGAUUACCUCACGGAUCUGAUCACCAACGACAGCGUGAGCUUCUUCCGCACCUCCAAGAAGAUGUACCCCCACAGGCCGGUCCUGAUGGUCAUCAGCCACGCGGCUCCCCACGGCCCCGAGGACUCGGCCCCCCAGUACUCCCAGCUCUUCCCCAACGCCUCACAGCACAUCACUCCAAGCUAUAAUUACGCCCCUAACCCCGAUAAGCAUUGGAUUAUGAGGUACACGGGACCAAUGAAGCCCAUCCACAUGGAAUUUACCAACAUGCUGCAAAGGAAGCGCCUGCAGACCCUCAUGUCUGUGGAUGACUCAAUGGAGACGAUUUACAACAUGUUGGUCGAGACUGGCGAGCUGGACAACACCUACAUUGUUUACACUGCUGACCAUGGCUACCAUAUUGGCCAAUUUGGCCUGGUAAAAGGGAAGUCCAUGCCCUAUGAGUUUGACAUCAGAGUCCCUUUCUACAUCCGAGGCCCCAAUGUGGAAGCAGGGAGUUUAAAUCCCCAUAUUGUGCUGAACAUUGACCUAGCACCAACUAUCCUGGACAUCGCAGGCUUGGACAUCCCUCCUGACAUGGAUGGCAAGUCCAUUCUCAAACUUCUGGAUACUGAGAGGCCAGUCAAUAGGUUCCACUUGAAAAAGAAGAUAAAGGUCUGGAGAGACUCAUUCCUGGUGGAGAGAGGAAAACUGCUUCAUAAAAGAGAGAAUGAAAAGGUGGAUGCCCAGGAGGAAAACUUCUUGCCCAAACACCAGCGUGUGAAGGACCUAUGCCAGCGAGCAGAGUACCAGACGGCUUGUGAGCAGCUGGGACAGAAGUGGCAGUGUGUGGAGGACACCUCCGGGAAGCUCAAGCUCCACAAGUGCAAGGGCCCCCUGCGGCUGGGGGCCGGCCCGGGCAGCAGCAGCCAAGGCUUCUCCAAUCUCAUGGCCAAGUACUACAAGGGCAGUGCUGAGGGCUGCACGUGCGAGGACAAUGAAUACAAGCUCAGCCCCGCAGGGCGCAGGAAGAAACUCUUCUCCAAAAAAAAAUACAAGGCCAGCUACAUCCGGAAUCGCUCGAUCCGUUCGGUCUCUAUUGAGUUGGAUGGGGAUCUUUACAGCCUGGGACUACAGCCUAGGAAUAUCAGCAAGCGGCACAGGCUGGAGACUGGAGGGGCCCCCGAGGACCAGGAGGAGAAAGAUGGUGGCAGCGAGUUCAGCGGCACUGGGGACCUGCAGGAGUACAUGGCCCCCAACCUCAUCAAGGUAACCCACAGGUGCUAUAUCCUGGAAAACGACACUGUCCAGUGUGACCUAGACUUGUACAAGUCACUGCAGGCCUGGAAAGAUCACAAACUGCACAUUGACCAUGAGAUUGAAACGCUCCAAAACAAGAUUAAGAACCUUCGGGAAGUUCGAGGUCACCUGAAGAAGAAGAGACCCGAAGAAUGUGACUGCAGUAAGAUGAGCUACCAGGCUAAACACAAGGGCAGACUCAAGCACAAAAAUUCCAUGCUGCAUCCUUUCAAGAAAGCCAUGCAGGAGAAAGACAAGGUGUGGUUGCUGAGGGAACAAAAAAGAAAGAAGAAACUCCGCAAGCUGUUGAAGAGAUUGAAGAACAAUGAUACCUGCAGCAUGCCCGGACUUACCUGCUUCACCCAUGACAACCAGCACUGGCAGACAGCUCCUCUGUGGACAUUGGGGCCUUUCUGUGCCUGUACCAGUGCCAACAACAACACGUAUUGGUGCAUGAGGACAAUCAACGAAACACACAAUUUUCUGUUCUGUGAAUUUGCUACAGGCUUCCUGGAAUAUUUUGAUCUCAACACUGAUCCCUACCAGCUGAUUAAUGCAGUGAAUACACUGGAUAGAGAUAUUCUCAAUCAACUGCAUGUACAGCUUAUGGAGCUCCGGAGCUGCAAGGGGUACAAACAAUGCAACCCUAGAACUCGAAACAUGGACCUUGGACUUAAAGAUGGGGGAAGCUAUGAGCAAUACAGGCAGUUUCAGCGUCGAAAAUGGCCUGACAUGAAAAGACCUUCUAAGUCACUAGGACAACUAUGGGAAGGAUGGGAGGGCUAAGCUCCAAAAGCUGGUUCUCAGAGAA